AUGAAAAAAUAUGCACACCAUUCAAGUAGUGCGUUACAUAUAAAUUUUCCAAUGAAGCCAGCAGCAAUGAAAAAGUUCAGCACCAGUCAUUCUUCUCCACUACCACCCAGUGAGCCAGGAGCUCCUAAAAGGUCAGUGCCUGGACCAACUUCUCCGUGGCAUUUUUUAGAUCUCUUGUUGUUUUCGACUCUUCGACGACCGAUGUUUAUUAAUCCGGCCGUUAAAGCUGGAGUAUAUCUUUGCCUAGCUGCCGGCGUAUCUCUUGUCUUCGACUUUGUGAGAGCUCCUCCAACUUACUUUUCUAAUAAGCAAAAUCCGUUCAACAGGUAUUUUGUGAAAGUAGGGUGGGCUUGGACAUGUGGUUGCCUUGCAGCCUUUAUAAUCGUUUCUUCCUUUGUAUAUACGGCUGUUGGCUCUGGCUGUUGGUAUACUGUUACUGGACUUAUCAACUUAAUUCAUGAUUGGUCUGGUCACUGUCAUCCAGCAUCGGUUACCUUGCCUAAUGGACUCCGUCCUAAUCAACGAAUUUCAUGUCAUCGAGCUGGAGGUGUUUGGCUAGGAUUUGAUAUAUCGGGUCACUGCUUCCUGUUAAUCAUGUCCAACUUAUGGAUCAUAGAAGAACUUGGCUUUAUGCAACAUUGGAACAAACUCUCUGAAAUUCUACAGCUACAUAAGAGCAACGAACCGAACCAGUCUACUAAUACAAGUGGAAUUCGUCAUGUUUCUGAACAAGAACUGAACAUAAUGCGCUCAGCUUAUCGAAGAUUAACAUCUGUGAUUCGUCUAAUAUUUUCGUUUACAGCCUGUUUGUCUAUGCUUUGGGAUAUUAUGUUUCUUUCAACAGUAAUCUAUUUUCAUACUAUGCCAUCAAAGCUUUUGGGUACCGCACUUGGUGUCGCUUGUUGGUUCCUAUUUUACCGAGUCAUUUUUCGCAGUUGCCCGACUGGAUAUUGGGGUGGGUUUGCUCCUGGACUACCCGGAGAUGGUCCAAUUAAAUUUGUACUUAAUUAGCUCCUCCAACAAAAUAUGAAUAGUAACUGUUUGUAUAGAAUAUCACAAUUUUCGCAAAUACUUUAGUUUAACGUUUCGGUACUCAUCACUUUUACGUUCUUCUAAGUAUUUUUUUUCAGUAUGUUGUCAUGUUGACUGAUGAAAUCACUGAUUUUGAGCUUUUAUAACCACUCAUAUUGUACUGCCG